AUGGAAGACUAUACCAAAAUAGAGAAAAUUGGAGAAGGUACCUAUGGAGUUGUGUAUAAGGGUAGACACAAAACUACAGGUCAAGUGGUAGCCAUGAAGAAAAUCAGACUAGAAAGUGAAGAGGAAGGGGUUCCUAGUACUGCAAUUCGGGAAAUAUCUCUAUUAAAAGAGCUUCGUCAUCCAAAUAUAGUCAGUCUUCAAGAUGUGCUUAUGCAGGAUUCCAGGUUAUAUCUCAUCUUUGAAUUCCUUUCCAUGGAUCUCAAGAAAUACUUGGAUUCUAUCCCUCCUGGUCAGUUCAUGGAUUCUUCACUUGUUAAGAGUUAUUUGUACCAAAUCCUACAAGGGAUUGUGUUUUGUCACUCUAGAAGAGUUCUCCACAGAGACUUGAAACCUCAAAAUCUAUUGAUUGAUGAUAAAGGAACAAUUAAACUGGCAGAUUUUGGCCUUGCCAGAGCUUUUGGAAUACCUAUUAGAGUAUAUACGCAUGAGGUAGUGACACUCUGGUAUAGAUCUCCAGAAGUAUUGCUGGGGUCAGCUCGCUACUCAACUCCAGUGGACAUUUGGAGUAUAGGUACCAUAUUUGCUGAAUUAGCAACUAAGAAACCACUUUUUCAUGGGGAUUCAGAAAUUGAUCAGCUCUUCAGAAUUUUCAGAGCUUUGGGCACUCCCAAUAAUGAAGUGUGGCCAGAAGUAGAAUCUUUACAGGACUACAAGAAUACAUUUCCCAAGUGGAAACCAGGAAGCUUAGCAUCCCAUGUCAAAAACUUGGAUGAAAAUGGCUUGGAUCUGCUCUCGAAAAUGUUAAUCUAUGAUCCUGCCAAACGAAUUUCUGGCAAAAUGGCACUGAAUCAUCCGUACUUUCAUGAUUUGGACAGUCAAAUUAAGAAGAUGUAG